AUGAAGAAAGAAUCAACCCACUACCCUCACUGCUGUUUUGUGAUACAUCUCGAGGCAACAUCAAUUGCACAGCCUUGCUUUGGUGAAGAUGAGUUAAUCCCGAGGCAGCAAUUCCAUUUUCAACCCAUUAGUGACAUCGAGGGGUUGGAGAGCAACAGCAUUGUGGAUGUGAUUGGUGUGGUCUGCUUUAUUAGCCCUGCAUCAUCAAUAAUGAGGAAAAAUGGCACCGAAACUCUGAAGAGAACACUCCGAUUGAAGGAUGAGUCAGGGCGAAGUGUGGAGCUGACAAUGUGGAGAAGUUUCUGUAAUGCAGGAGGCCAAAGGCUGCAGACUCUCUGUGAUUCUGGCCAUUCUCCAGUUCUUGCCGUAAAAUCGGGCAGGAUCAGUGAAUUUAAUGGGAAGGCAAUUGGUACAAUUUCUUCGACGCAGCUAACUAUAGAUCCUGAUAUUGAAGAGGCCAGAAGGUUGAAGGAAUGGUUUGAUAGGGAAGGCAAGGAUGGUCCCACUGUUUCUAUUUCCAGAGAAGUUUCAACUAUGAGCCGGACAGAUGUGAGGAAGACAAUAUCCCAGAUCAAAGAUGAGAAACUGGGCACUUCGGAGAAGCCGGAUUGGAUCGCAGUAUGUGCGACCAUUAUGUAUAUAAAGAAUGAUAACGUCUGCCACAUGGGAUGCCCAAUAAUGAUAGGAGAUCGACAAUGCAACAAGAAGGUCACAAACAAUGAUGCGAAGUAUAGAUGUGAUCGCUGUGAUCGAUGUGUUGAUGAAUGCGAUUAUCGGUACAUUCUCCAGCUUCAGAUACAGGACCAUACUGGGAUAGGUUGGGUGACUGCUUAUCAGGAAGCAGGUGAGGAGAUAAUGGGAGUGUCAGCAAAAGAAAUGUUUCAGCUGAGGGCCGAAGGGGAAGACGAGAGAUUCGGAGAAAUUCUCCGAAGGGUUCUUUUCACCAAAUAUGUAUUUAAGCUGAAGGUGAAGGAAGAGAUGUUCAGUGAUGAGCAGCGUGUGAAGUCAACAGUGGUAAAAGCUGAUAAGAUGAACUUUCCAUCUGAGUCUUGGUUCCUUCUAGACUUGCUGGACAAGAGCACCAGUGAUGUCGCAGGUUCUGCUGUUAAGAUGGAACCUAAUGCCAUCCCCAGUUCUACAAUGAGCGGAUUGGCAGGGGGAAGCAGUGGGGUCGUGCAACAGCCUUCAGCAUUGGGUGGGAGCUAUCCAGUGGGUCCUGCAACAACACAGUCGGGUCAGUAUGGAAGUCCAUAUGGUGGUUCUAGGGUCCCUGGGACAAGCCCGCUGAACCCAUCAAGCUGUACGAGCAGUGGCGCAAUUGGACACAGCUCAGCGAACUGCGCGAGCAUCAUGGGUGGGCCGACUCCGGCAACGGGCGGGCAGUAUACAAGCCGAGCUGCUUAUGGGCAAGGAGCGAGCGGGGGUGCUUCUGAUAUGUGCUACAAGUGCCACCAGACAGGGCAUUGGGCAAGAGACUGCCCAGGGCUCAGUUCUGUCCCUCCAGCUUAUGGAGGGAGGUAUGGAACAGUUCCGAGGUGAAAGCCUUAU